UCCAGUCCUGUCACAGCGGUGUGGGGCGCCUUUUCUCUAUGCUUGCGCUCUGGGAGUACUAACUGUUUUCCGAAAACAACCAGCUUCUACAAUAACAAGUCCUCUUUUUUUUUUCUUUUGUUGUGACUUGCUCUUUUUUUCUCCGACCUUAUAGAAAGACUACAACAUACAGUGGAAGUAUCGUGGAAAUAAUAAGAUUCACAGACAGCUGCUGCUGAACCUGUUCCAACCCUGGAAUCUUACCUGUAUGUGGGAUUGCUGCCGUCAGCAGACUCCUUCAAAGCUUUAAGAUGCAACAACAGGAGUUCUUCAAUAUUGGAGCCUUGUGUAACAUCUUCUUGUCCAUUCUCACUGACUGAAGCAAAACACGAACAAGCUGUUUGAUGCACGUCUGCAAUCUAAACACCAGCUCUUGGCCUGGGGAAAGUUAAUGAGAAGAUUCGAUCAGCUGACACCCCCCACCUCACUCCUCCUCAACCCUUUCUUCCGACUAUUAUCUUCCUCCAAUGUUAGCAUUGACUUGUGCACUUAACUGGAAGUUUGCUGAAGACUGAGCCUUCUUGGAGGGGGAUCCUCUAAAGGAGGGUUUUGUGUUUGACGGCCCACCGACCUCGCUACGUUCGUCCUUCACGCAGCAAGAGAGAUUGUUACUUUGGAGAAGUAGGAGGAGCAGAGAUUGUUGGAUCAUAGGACGUGACAAAACUGUGCGUCGGGGGAGUCUGGUGUUGACCAUGUGUUUCCAGUAAGGUCUCCUCUUUUGCCAACAUGACGCUGACGUCCGGAUCGCCUCGACCCGUCCUGCCAGCCUUUCUGGCUCUCACCUUAGCCGCCUUUUUACCUCAGCUGUCCUCAGGAGCUGCACCAUUUCCCCAAGACCUAGAACCAAUCAGCAUUGUGGGCAGAGAAACCUCGUACCUCUACCCCAGCUUCCAGGGGCUCAUGUCAGACAAUGACACCAUCCGCCUGGGCCUGGACUUCCAGAGGAUGCUGAGGAUCAACCACAUGCUUUACAUUGCAGCUAGGGACCAUGUUUUUGCAAUCAAUCUCGGCACCUCGUCUGAGCAGAUCAUCCCGCAGCAGAAACUUACUUGGAAGACGAAGGAUGUGGCGAAGUGCACCGUGAGAGGGAAGAACAGCGAUGAAUGUUACAACUACAUUAAAGUGCUGGUGCCACGCAACGAUGAGACUCUGUUUGCCUGUGGCACCAACGCCUUCAAUCCCACCUGCCGUAACUAUAAGAUGUCAACGCUGGAGCAGGAAGGCGAGGAGGUGGUUGGACAGGCUCGAUGUCCCUUUGAGUCCCGCCAGUCUAAUGUCGGCCUUUUUGCAGGUGGUGACUUCUACUCUGCAACAAUGACUGACUUCUUGGCGAGCGAUGCUGUCAUUUAUAGAAGUCUGGGAGAAAGCAGUCCCGUUCUGCGUACAGUCAAGUAUGACUCCAAGUGGCUCAGAGAACCCCAUUUUCUCCACGCUAUUGAAUAUGGGAACUACGUGUACUUUUUCUUCAGCGAGAUUGCAGUGGAGUACACCACCCUCGGCAAGGUUGUUUUCUCCAGGGUUGCCCGAGUUUGUAAGAAUGACAACGGGGGUUCCCCGAGGGUCCUGGAACGCUACUGGACAUCUUUCCUGAAAGCCCGGCUGAACUGCUCUGUACCGGGAGACUCUUUCUUUUACUUCGAUGUUCUGCAGUCACUGACCAAUGUCCUCCAAAUAAACCACCGGCCUGCUGUCCUUGGAGUUUUCACCACACAGGCAAACAGCAUCACCGGCUCAGCAGUGUGCGGUUUUUAUAUGGACGACAUAGAGAAGGCCUUUAAUGGGAAAUUUAAGGAGCAGAGAAACAGUGAGUCAGCAUGGACACCUGUUCUGGAAGAACAAGUACCAAAGCCGAGGCCAGGCAGCUGUGCCGGCGAAGGCUCUGCGGCCACCUUCAAGUCCUCCACCACCUUCCCAGACGAGACCCUGACUUUCAUCAAGUCUUAUCCGCUUAUGGACGAGUCUGUCCCCUCAGUUAAUGACAGACCCUUCUUUACCUGCACCACCAGCAGGUUUAAGUUGACCCAGAUAGCUGUCGAUACAUCGGCUGGACCUUUUAAGAACUACACGGUGGUGUUCCUGGGCUCGGAUAACGGUCACGUCCUCAAGAUCCUGGCCAGCUCAGAGGGAGCCAACGCUUCCUUCAACACCCAUCUCCUCGAAGACAUCGACGUCUACAACCCAAACAAGUGCAACGUGCAAGGAGAGGACAGGAGGGUUCUGGGUCUGGAGUUGGACCGGGAUCACCACGCUCUUUUCGUGGCGUUCUCCAGCUGCGUGAUCCGCGUUCCACUCAGCCGCUGCUCUGAAUACACAAACUGCAAAAAAAGCUGUUUGUCGUCACGGGACCCUUACUGCAUUUGGCUCAAGUCAGGCAGCUGUGUCACGGUCUCACCAGGACUUAAAAGCGGAUUUGAACAGGAUGUGGAGAACGGCUACCAUCAGCAUCCCGAUACCUGUCACGACGUCUUGGCGACCACACGCAAGCACAAUCCAGCUCUCGAUUCAGCUUAUGGGAAGACCACACCCACAAGCGCCACCACCACCCAUCUUGGGGCGGCAUUCCCAAAGGAGGCAGGUGACUCUGAAAGAGGUACAGGUCCUGAUCGCCUUCCCCCUGUGGGGGAACAAGGGUCACCUGACUCAGAGCCAAUCAGUGUGGAGAUGGAGGGUGUGAGAAGACCUCCAGAGCUGGACAGAACCAAUCACAGCGUCCAUUACACCCUUCUGAUAGCAUGCGUUUUGGUGGCUUUUGUCCUCGGGGCUUUUGUCUCUGGGUUCCUGGUCUCAUGCUACUGUAACCACACAAGUCACAAGACCAAAAAGUUGUCAAAAGAUCCAGAGGCCCCGAUCCCACAUGCUCUGUCACUCCGAAGUCUGGCAAAGCUUAAUGGUCUCCUGGAUAGCCAGAGUAAAGAAGACAAGAUGGAGGUGUCAUCUCCAAAGAUCUACAAUUCUUUAUUUACCAAUGGUAAGGAGCAUCACCCAGUAAGGAGAUUCGGCCAUCCUGGAAUGACAAUGGGAGACCUUGUCCAUCCUCACCACGCUCACCUUCACCCUUCCUCAGAGCUAUCUGGUUUACCUACACCAGAUUCAACUCCUGAACUGCCCAUUAAGAGCAUGAAAGCCUUUAAGAACCAAUGGGAAAAAAACCAGAACUGCAACAAUGCCAAGGAACCAAAGUCUCACAACAUAAGCUCAAGACCCAGUUCUGCCCUGCUUCCCCAGCAGGUCUUCUCUUACUCCCAUGGCCUGCCCAAUGGACAUCCAGCAAUUGGUCAUAUGCACCCUGAGGAACGCAAAAUCCACAAUGUUGAGCGCGUUUUAGCUCAGCCUUACCCGAGCUAUCCUCAGAAGGUAAUGGAGGUUACAUCACUGGAUGAACUCCUAAAACACAUCCAUGAUCCAAACGGCAGCAAGACCUCUCAGUUAAUGAGUCCUUCAAGUCUAUUGGCCAGCGGAGGUGGAGGACAGCUCGUCUUUGCCAACCGAAUUCAACCUCAUAUUCCUGAAACGGAAUCAGCCCCCUAUUACAGCUCGUCCACCCUACCCCGGGACAGUCUUACCCGUCGAAUGGAUGUUCCUCCAGACAUCCCCUCACACCAUCAGUCUACCUUGGAGAGGAGGCACUCCUCUCAGCGGCACUCACUAAUUUCUGCGGCUACCAAGAUGUCCGGAGCAGGUGCAGUAGGCGGAGGAGGAAUGAUUCCCCGCCAGCACAGUUUCAGCCAACGAGGUGGUGGACCUCAACAGCCGCCACCGCUAUUGGCUCGAAUGAACUCUACAGGUAGCGCCUGUGAGGUUCACUAUCCUCUCAUCCCAAAUGGGUACCUGGCACGUCAGCAUAGCUAUACUGGUGAACAGCAUGACAUCCAGCACCGAGGUGCGAUCGUCCGCCGGUCAUCCUCUCUCAAACCGGAUGUCCCUCCGAAACCGCUAUUCAUACCUGCCACUUCCCCUGUCAAUGAACAAGGCAAGUACAACUACUGAGAAGGGACCUUCCAAGACUACAGUACAGGACCCUGUUCUCUAUAUGCCAUCUGUGAGAAACUUUCCUUUAAAGGAAAUGCUCUGGGUUUGAGGUGACAGACCCUGACCAAACAACACAAUAAAUUGUGUGGUAGCAAGUCUCACUGUGGACAAAAGCCUCAACCAAACUUAUUUCUGCUUUUUCUUUUGUUUUGUCCAACAAAUAUCUUUGUACCAUAUUGGUAUUGUUCAGCUUCUUGCUUAUUAUAGAACUGCCAACCCAGGUGACAUGAUGCCACCUUGUUAAAUUAGGCUGCCAAUGUCCUCAAUGUGGAUUUACAAUGCAAUUCAGCGUUUGGACAAGUUGAUGUUGGACGAACCUUGAAACAUCGCUCAUCCUCAAGACUUAAAAGCCAGACGCUCCUGCAGUGCUUCAGUUCAUGCUUUUGCUUAACAUUUUUUGAUGUAGUGUUUGUAUCCUCUCCCCUUCCACCCUAUUCAAGAAUGUGUUUAUAUUAUGCAUGUGUGUGUAUAUACAGUAUAUGUGUGUUUAUAUCCACACUGUAUAUGUAUACAUAUACAUAUGCAGUACUGGUAACCUGUGGUGAAAAGUUAAGCAAUUUCCCCUAAGGUAUGUUUGUCUUUGCCUUACUUGUACACUCUCAUGUUUGGGCAUACCAAACCCUCUCACCUAGAAAUAGGAGAAACCAAACCAUGCAGAUACCAAAUUUGACAGUUGGCUGAAGAUACUUUGUUCAUGUUGAUACAAAGAAAAGAAAUCUAAAAAAAAAAAAAUAGCUUCCAUUGACUUCAAAACCCAUCUUUUCUUUAUUUAGCUGAUGUCAUGUAUAAAGUGACAAACUUGGGUCCAUUAACGUUCUUAAGAAUGUUUUUUUUAAGAUUGGUGCUUCAACAGAAAAAAAAAAUCGAACCUCUAAAAUCAAUAUAUGAAUAAGGCUAUAUACUUAUGGACCCAGAGGACGUAAAAAAACAUGACACAGCAUAUAAGAAUGAACAGCAACAUAGAAUGGACUCCAGUUAUUCUAGGUAUUAACUUUGUGGCUAUUGGUUGUAAAUAAAGAAAUAAUUACUAGCCAAAUUUUAACUGUAUGUGUAAAUGUGUGCCUUAUUUAAUGAUGGUGUGUUAACUAGGGUUGGGGGAGGGUUAACGCAAGGGGCUCAACUGGCUACUAUGCUACAGUAUAUUAUUGGUGUUUGAUUUUCUACAGUUGUCACCAUUGUUGAUUUGAAGAGUUUCAUUCCAGAAUGAAAGAUCCACAAUAAAUUCUUGUCACAAUUGGACAUUUAAAAGUAUUAAUAAUAUUUAAGAAAUUGUGUCUUAUGUUUUGUGUAUCUGGAGAACUAUUUUUCUUUAUCAGUACAUAUUUUGAAAAAAUUACCCUUUUUAUUUUUAAGAUAUGUAAAGAAAACAGUAUUUUUGCAGACUAAUUCAGAGUUUUGGAAUGAAGCGGCUUCAUUUAUUUUUCUGAUUUUCCUCCUAAGUAUUGGUAGCCUGGAGGUGUUUUUUGAGGAUUGUUGGACAAAGAUAACGCACAGCCUGAGACCUUUCACAUCCUUGUUUGAGUGGCUAUGUACCGGGUCAUUGUUUUUCUCUUACAAGUGCCAUUGCUUUAUGUUUUGAAGAGUUUUUAUGUAAUUUAUGUUUUAGUUGUUAACAAAAAAGAUAAAGUUUAUACACCCUAAUACAGUGCAAAAUAUUAUCUUUGGCAGAUUUAGGUUUAAAUGAUGUUUUAAUUUAGCCAAUUGGGUUAUAAUACUGUUUAGGAAUGAACCUUUUAGAAUCUUGGCUUGACACUCGCAAAUCUGUGGAAGGGGCUAAAGAUUGUGGUGAUGACAUGGAGGCCUUCCAGCCUGAAAGACUCUAAGCUCAUCCGCAAAGAUAAUUUGCCAAAACGGCGAAGUACUUAUGCAAAGCGGCUCCACAAUUACAAGAACAGUUUGACUCCUUUGACAAGGAAUUCUCCUUUCAAUUUUGAGAACAGUAUAAAAACAUUUUAAUAUUCCUUUUGCCUAUUAAAAUGUAAUAAAUUGCAUUGCAGCUAUUGGGGUUUUAUGUUUUAUUAUGUUAUUUUAUUUCCUUAUGGAAGCAAAGAUCUUUGUCGAAUGAAUGUCAUUUUGAAGCUGAAUCUGCCAAGGAUAACUAAGGCUACUGUUGCAGACGGUACUUUCAUUUGAUUUUAUUCAGCAAAGUUUAGGUCUUUUGUCAUAUACUGUUCAAUUUACCAUUUCUGUGUAACAGCUGUUCCAAAUUUCUAUUGGUUAUUUCUAGUUGCUAUAAACAAUUAGCUAGUUUCUUUUUUGAUCAAAAUAAGAAAAUAGAGGAUAAUGCCAGGCUUCUUUUUGUUUUACCAAGUUCAUCUUUAGAAAUUUUCAGAACAGUCAUACAUUAGUGCACACUGUAUGCUUCCCACAGAUACCUUUUUUUUCUUUGGGGUAAACCCCUGGGAAAGGUUUGGGAUACAUGCUGCCAAAAGUCUCUGGCUUUGAGGAUUUAAAUCAGAAAAGGUGGUGCCAUCUCUGCCUUGGACAUAUCAUCCCUUCAAAGCCGGCCAUUGGUUGACUUUUCAGAGAAGUCCCUACUCUCGAUGUUGACUGGAACCAUAAUCAGUUCUGUAAAAACAUCAAUGUGCCAUUUACCGCCUCAAAGAUAAAUGUUUGUUAACAAAGGGUCAUUUCGUAAAUGAAAUAAACUCUAAAGGGCAGAGCUUACCAUUUGUACAAAAUAUUUCAUAUAGUAGAAAAGAUUUCAUUUGCAUAGCAAUGUAUUAAAAGUCCUUUCAGAGAACAUAUGAUAGGAACAUAACAGGAAUUGUGGCAGCUACACUGUUGAGGUGGAGCUGCUUGUUUUCUUUGAUUUGGUUUUACCUGCUGGUAAUACGUUGUUUGGGGAUGCCUCACCUCCUAAAGCUCUGUCAGUAUUUGAUUUGUGUAAAUACAUUAUCUCUGGGCGGGAUCUCAUUUCAGUAUUAUGUUUUUCUCUGUUUGAUUUCCAGGCUAUGCCUCUUGACUUAUUAUAAAUUUGGUCUCACAGAAUACCAUUAUAUGUCUCUUAUAAUAGGAAUAAAUAAAAUCUAAAAUAUGA